AAAAUAAAUAAAAAUCUAAUCCGUCGCCGCUUUUAUCCUACUCUGCCCUAAAAUCCCCCGAACCCCCUAAAAAGCUCUGCCCUUUACCCAAACCCUAACCCCACUCAAAACCCUAACCCUCUCUCCAAUGGCGCCUCCCUCCAACGACACUGCGACGGAGUCAGGCGAGGAGGUCCGCCACAAACGGACCCGCUGGCGGCGUCGGCCUCCGCGGCGUUGCGAAGGAGGCGGGUGCUCCGGCGGCCGCGCGCGGCGAAGGACGGAGGGAGAUCAAGAAGUGGCCCGCGUGGCCUGGAGACAACGUAUUCCGCAUGGUGGUUCCGGUGGUUAAAGUUGGGAGCUUGAUUGGGAAGAAAGGGGAACUCAUCAAGAAGUUGUGCGAGGAGACUCGUGCGAAGGUUCGGAUUCUUGAUGGCGUUUCCGGGACUACGGAUCGGAUUGUUCUGAUUUUCGGGAAAGAAGAGCCAGAAGAAGAAUUAUCUCCUGCAAUGAAUGCUGUGAUUCGAGUAUUCAAGCGUGUUAAUGAUGUCUCUGACGCUGGAGGUGAUGGUACAGCUCAAGCAUCUUCCAAUCCUACAGCAUGUUCAGUUAGAUUGCUGGUGCCAUCACAACAGGCCAUUAGUUUGAUUGGGAAACAAGGAAGUUCAAUUAAGUCAAUUCAGGAGAAUUCUGGUGCCACAAUACGAAUUAUUACUGGAGACAAGUUGCCGCAUUAUGCUACCGAGGAAGAAAGAGUGGUUGACAUUCAAGGUGAAACUUUGAAGGUUCUCAAGGCACUUGAAGCUGUGCUUGAGCAUCUUCGGAAAUUUUUGGUUGAUCAUAGUAUUGUGCCUUUAUUUGAAAAAAGUCCCAAUGCACCACUUGCUCAGGCCCAGGCCCAGGCCCAGGCUCAAGGUCAACCUCAAUCUCAGGAUUCUCAACCUCAAUCUCAGGCUGGCAUACAAAAUCCUUGGAGUAAUAAAGCUCAAUCAUUGAUACAUGCUGCUCAGCAAUCUGGCAUAGGCAGUGAAUAUACACUCCCAUUGACACGGGAUUCUCUAUUUCUGGAACGUGAUUCCCAUUUUGAUUCACAAAUGGAACGUCCUGGUGGGCUGUCUUCACUUUAUCGACCAGAACCUCCUUUGUCUGGACUGCAUCCCCCAGGACCCCUACGGAGUGCUGCUGCUUUAGUUACUCAGGUGACACAAACAAUGCAAAUACCACUCACGUAUGCAGAAGACAUCAUUGGUAUUGGAGGAGGCAACAUUGCAUACAUCCGUCGCACCAGUGGAGCUGUUCUUACUGUUCAGGAGAGUGGAGGUUUGGCUGAUGAGAUUACAGUUGAGAUCAAAGGCACUUCUAAUCAAGUUCAGACUGCUCAGCAGCUCAUCCAGGAUUUUAUAUCGGGACACAAAGAAGCACCAGUGAGUAGCUAUGGAGGUCUUGAUACAGGCCUCAGGUCAUCAUCCUAUUCUCGUAUCGGAAGUUCGGCAUAUUCAGCAUAUCCAUCAUCAUCUCUUCCAUCGCAAUAUGGUGGAUAUGAUUCUGGAUUGGGAGGAUACAGGGACUACAGGUUUUAAAAGGGACAGCUCUGCUAGUUGGGUAGCUCAUUACUUGGGUGUUAUCUUCAUGUCUUGGGUUCCUACUUAAUGAACAUACUUUGCAUGUCUAUUGUAAAGAUUUGACUAAGAGAGAACGCUAUCUUUUUAUCUAGCAGUUGAAUAUGUUUUGUUUAGUUGGAGAUUUUUAUCAGAUUAUUGAUAUGCUUUUGCUGACUGGAACAUGUGGUGUCUAUGGAUGCCCAGUAAUUUGUAACGUGGUAGGUUUCUUUUUUAUGCGAUUGGGUUAAGUUUUUUCAGUAA